CAUCCUCUUCCCGGUGUUAUAGAUAGCGGCUUUCACAGGAAGAGGAGGAGGUUGACGAGGAGGUCUCACAACUUUGCUGGGCCACGGAUGAGGUGUGCAUAAACAAACAGGUGAGGGGAAAAGUGAAGCCAGAACCUCAGCAAGAGGUUCUGAAGGAGCCGGAAAAGGGUCUGCAGCCUGGCGCACUCAAGACGCAUCGCCAUGGGGAGGCACCUGAUAAGCUGUUGGAUAAUUGUUCUUUUUGUUGCGAUGUGGAGUGAUGUUUCCCUUGCCAAAAAAGGAAAGGGUAAAACUGGUGGAGGUGGUUGGAACACAGGAAGCAACCGAAAUCCCAGCAACCCUGGUUAUCCCUCCAAUCCUGGCUAUCCCAGAAACCCGAGCUACCCCCACAAUCCUGGUUAUCCCAACAAUCCUGCAUACCCCCCUAAUCCCAGUUAUCCCAGAAAUCCUAGCUACCCCCAAAAUCCAGGGUAUCCCAACAACCCUGGGGUUGGUGGACAGCCCUACUAUCCACCCGGUGGUGGAACAGACUUCAAAAACCAGAAGGGCUGGAAGCCUGCCAAACCCAAAACCAACCUGAAAGCUGUGGCAGGAGCAGCAGCAGCAGGUGCUGUGGUGGGUGGUAUUGGAGGCAUUGCCCUGGGAAGUGCAAUGUCAGGAAUGCGCAUGAAUUUUGACCGUCCUGAUGAGAGCCGAUGGUGGAAUGAAAACCAAAAUCGCUAUCCCAACCAAGUUUACUACCGGGAAUAUGGCGACCGCUCAGUUCCAAGGGGAACAUUUGUGAAUGACUGCGUUAAUAUCACCGUGACCGAAUACAAGAUUGAUCCUAAAGAAAAUCAAAACGUGACCGAGAUUGAAGUCAAAGUCCUGAAGCGUGUGAUCCAGGAGAUGUGCAUACAGCAAUACCAGAAAUACCAGCUGGCAUCUGGUGUCAAACUACUCCUCUGUGAUCCCUUGCUCAUGCUGAUGAUCAUGCUUGUCUUUUUUUUGGUAAUGCGUUAAAAAAGCAAUUUCAACCUGAACUGUGCUGCUGAUCUGUGCAAGCGUUCUGUGGGAAUAACCUAUAUAAAACAGCUGUUCUGUGGAGUUCUGUCAUUCUUGCUUGUAAAAACUUUAAAAAUAAUGAAUAGUCCUGCAGCACCUCAGAAACUAACAAAACCUAUAGAUGGUAUCAUGAGUUUUUGUGGGCACAACCCACUUCUUCAAAUGAAUGAAACAGCAGAAAAAGAGAGGAUGGGGGGGAAAGAGAAGGAAAAAAUCUUGUCAAUUAGAGUGUCCAUGAUCUAAAAGUGUCUAUUGCAAAGCAAUUUAAAAAAACUAGCUGGAGAGAAAAGCUGCAAAACCUGCCUUCAUUUGCAGAUUUGACACCUUUAAGCAAGGUUUGGACAAAGACCUGAACUGGAUGGGCUACUGCAUUUAACAUUCUAAUGACAUCAAAAGCUAAGCACUGAGCACUUCCAGCCCAUUCUAUUAGUCUCAUUUAGCAUGGACACUCUAAUUGACAAGAUUUUUUUCCUUCUCUUUCUCUCCCCAUCCCCUCUUUUUCUGCUAUUUAUUUGUACCUCUGGAUCUCUUGCUUCAUUUGUCUGAAGAAGUGGGCUGUGCCCACAAAAGCUCAUGAUACCAUCUGCAGGUUUUGUUAGUUUCUGUGGUGCUGCAGGAUCAGUGUUCCCUUUAAGCUGUGUGGCAGCAUAGUUUCACAGGUGUUUAAUCAGCCCUGGCCAGUCAGGCAGCUGGAACCCGGAGCCCCUGACUGGGCAGGGCUGAUCAAUCACCUGUGAAGCUGCGCUACCACUCAGCUUAGAGCAAACACUGAGCAGUACUCAUGUUAAUUUUUUUUCAGUUACAGACUGACAUGGCUACCCCCUGAGAUUCUUGCUUAUGUUUGUCUUUCUUGAGUAUCUUAAGCUCUGUAAUAAGUAUUGGUAAUGUACCGCAGACACAGGACGACAGUGUACAGCUCUCUCUUCAGAGCUAUCUCUGAUUAUACACCUACUGCCCAGAAUUAGGAUCAGGGCCAGACUUAGCUCCAAGAUUUUACUAGUGCAAUAGAGCUUAGAAGCCCAUGCAAAUCAAUUAACAUUGACUUAGCGACUUUAUGAUCACACAAAAAAGUGGCCUUCACCAAAACACCAUCUUUCUCAAAUUCAUUCAUUAAAUGCUGGUACAGAUAGGAAUAAUUAGGUCACAUUCAUCUUCCCUCCUUUGAAGUAGACCAUUUUUGAGAGAGAUUUCUCCAUUUCAGUACAUGACUGGACUCUUCCCUCUCCAGCUAGUCUGUUUAGAGAUGUCCGACUGUUUCUGGCUUCACAAGCCCUCCCUAGUCAUCUAGACCAAGCAGGCUGCCUAGGUGGGACACUUAUGAAAAUCUGCUUUACAGAUAAUGCAGUGUUUUACCUGGUGCCAGUGGUACUGAAAUAUCCCCAACUUGGGGAUGUCGCAUUUUUGGGACAUCCACUGUCCAGGUUCAAAUUACAAGUGACUUUUGUGACCUAGUGUACAUCCCAAGUAUUGCACAUGGUUUUUCAUAGCUUGUGAAGUGAGACACUUCCAUUGCUAGUCUGUAUUUUGUAACAUUAGAUCACCUUCUUGUACUUAGGAGUUUCCUCUCUAAGGACUGCCAUGCACAUGCACGCAGUAUUCCAUCCAUUUAGCUAUUUGCAAGUUCCAGCAGUGACUAAAGAACAGGCCAGCUUGGAAAGCAAAAGUGAACCUAAGAUGGCAGCCUGCCAAAUGCCAAGGUUUCAUGGAGCAGGCCUAGGUUUAAGAUUGGGCAGAGUGUAUCCUUUUUGUUGAACAGUAAUUGUCUUUGACUUGGACUGCUUAGGGAGACAAAUGGCUGAUGAAUGUGUAAAAUAGCUGCACUUGUUUCGUAGUUUUCCUCCCAGAAAAAGGAAGUAACCUAAUGCAGUAAAAUGUGCAUGGCAGAGUACAUUCUGUACUGCCCAUAAAGGUUCUCCCUCCAUCUGUGUGAGUGCAGCUCAAAGGGUGGACUCCAGAGGGAGUUGUGCGUGACGAGCUCCUACAGGUAGACUUUGGCUUUAGAGGCCUCAUCUGAAACCUGUUGAAGCCUCUGGAAAGUCUCCCAUAGGUCAGGCACUUAAUCAGUAAAACUUACCGUACCCUUACUUUAGCAAAUUGAUCAAGUUAGAGCAAGUAACAUCAGUAAAUAUUAUCCCAGCACAGUCAAAAUUCUGGAAACCAUCUUUUAGAAGCAACCAAUCCUGGCUAAGCCAUUGCUUAAUACCCUAACCUAAUUGUUACUGUUAAUUGUUGGGGUCAGUUAUAGCUAAUCUGCAUUUUGAUUCUCUUGAUGCUUUAGAGGCGUUGUAUAUAAUAUGUAGUAUAUGUAAAAUUUAUGCUUGUUGCAACUAUCCUAUCCAAUAUUUAAUAUAUAUAUAUAUAUUCUGUAUAUUUCAGCAAGGCACUGAAUGACGAAAACUAAGAACCACCCUUAAUUAUUUCUGCUUCAGUGUAAGUUGAAUGGAAUAUUAUGAAAAAUUGUUCAGAAUUCACACCAUAAAACUAAGAUUUUGAAGUCAUGGGUAGUUUGUGACGUGAGAACAUUUUAUAUGUUUGUAACAGCGCAUGUACUUUACCUUUGACGUUCAAGUCUUUUUAUAAAUGUUUGUUGUCCAAUAAAAAAUUAAACAGACACCAUAA